AUGCGCGCCUUGGAAUGUAUUGAGGAGGACAUUCAUCUCGAUUCCUUUACUGACUGGUCGGAGGGGCAACCAAUGGGAUGGCAGCACAAAACAAAUUUGACUCGAUUUAUUAAUCAGAUCCUCCUAAUCUACAUAGGCUGCCCUAUAAUGUUGGUUGGAAUUGCAACAAGUCUUCUCACUCUCUUGCUUUUCCUUCGCGACUCCCAAACAUUCAUCAGCACACGCCUCAUCCUCUCCUGCAUUGCCGCUGCUGAUGUUGGCUACCUCUCCUUCAUGCUCAUCUUUUGCCUUUUCCACACCAACAAACACACCCAGUGGCCUGUCGCCUUCGCCCUCCUCUACUGCGGAUUCAACAUCUUCGAAAUCUUUCGCAAUUGGCUCCUCAUUGCCAUGUCAUUCGAACGCUUCCUCUUCUUCCUCAAACCAGUCAAGUUUAAGCUCCUGUGGAGCCUCAGUCAUGUGCGCAUCAUUGUCAUUUGCAUAGCAGUGGGGUCAGUGAUCUGCCGAAUUCCCGACAUGCUGCUUGCUGCAGCACUGAUAUGCCAUCCACUACGGAGUCAGCUCAUUCGAACGUCGAAACUUGUCCACAUUUUUAUGGAUCUGCUAGCUCUUGCAUGCCUGCCCAUCGUUCUGAUGCUUGUCUUCUCCUUCCUCACCACCAAAACCAUCACUGAUGUCAUGCACAAAAAGUUCUUGAGCAUGCAAGCAGGCACCCCCGUGAAGAAUGCACCAGACAACUCCAUUAAAAUUGUGUCAAUUCUGCGCAACGCGCUAAUCGUUUUUGUGAUCACAUCGCUGCCAGCAAUCCCCAGCAGCAUUCUCCGAACGUACUUGGUGUUGAAUGAGGUGAGAGAAAGCCACCUGAACACCGUGUCGGGUGUGAUGAACGGGGUUACAAACCUCCUCUCCAUUAUCAACUCUACCUCCAACUUCUUCAUCUACGUGUGUCAGAGCAGGCGCUAUCGAGGCAUACUGGUGGAGUGCCUGUGCUCGUGGUGUCACAAGGGGAAGACCUCCUGGAAACCCUUCACUCUCGAGAAAACUCAUCAAUUUUGCGUUUCUUCGCAUUCCAAAUUUCCACACCCCACUCCACUCAAACGGAAGGAAAGUGUUAACGGACAACUUCGCAAAUCCACGAUAUGCCCUGGCGCCACUUUCUCACCACCACUCACCUCUUAUGCGUUGGUUCUUGACAUCGGUGUCAAGACGGAUUUGGUAAUGGCAAAACCAUCUUGUGUCAGCAGCGACGUGGUGGUGAUGAUGGUGGUUUGCCGGUUGUUUUGCAUUGUUGACGAGACGAUUUCGCCUGAGCUUGGAAGGGAGCCACGCUUCCAAGUCUGCGGUCGUGUGUGCUGCCGUGGCAGUAGGGAGGAUGAGGGUGAGGAGAGAAGCGGAAAGGAGGUCACGGAGGAGGAGGAGGAGGAGGAGGAUUAG